UCGUAAAGGACCUAUCAAAUGCAAUCUGAACCAAUAAGAGAGCGAAUUAGUUGUGUUCUGUCCAAUGACAAAGUGUCUUGUGGCUUCGAGCUUUUCCCGGAGACCCAUCCAGUAUAUCGUAUUCAUUAUUGGAGUUCCAGGAUUUCAAGACGAAGGACAGAAGGAGUGAGUGACCCAGUGGGCUGGUUGGUGUGCGGGGAGAGCAGCAGCUAUGGGUGAACUGGAGGGCUCCUACAGGGCCAUACAGACCCCUGGCACCCGGCUGGGGGCCCAGUUCAAUGCUGGGAUCAGUACCUUGGAGCCGGGCCAGAGCCUCAGUGAUGCUUUGGGCCCCGGGGGUAGGAGCCCAGGCAGGGGACUACAGCUCCGGGUCCAGGGCCUGGACGACUCCCAGGAGUUUUACGACUUGGAGUCCAGAGCGGACGGACAGACUCUUCUCUCUGAUGUGUUCCGGAGGAGCAACCUAAUGGAGAGCGAUUACUUUGGCCUAGAGUUCCAGAACAUGCAGAUGAGCUGGGUUUGGUUGGAACCCACAAAGCUUGUUGUAAAACAAGUGAAGAGACCCAUGAACACCCUCUUCAGGCUGUCCGUGAAGUUCUUUCCCCCUGACCCUGGUCAGCUGCAGGAAGAGUACACUAGGUACCUGUUCUCCCUGCAGAUGAAGCGAGACCUGCUCGAGGGCAAGUUGAGCUGUACAGAAAACACAGCUUCCCUGCUGGCCUCACAUCUCCUUCAAUCUGAGAUAGGGGACUAUGACGACCUGGCGGACAGGGACUUCCUGAAGCUGAACAAGCUGCUGCCCAAUCAGGAGAGGAUACAGGAGAGGAUCAUGGAACUGCACUACAGACACCUCGGGCAGACUCCAGCCGACUCAGACUUUCAGGUUCUGGAGAUCGCCCGUAAACUGGAGAUGUACGGCGUCCGUUUCCACCCAGCAGCCGACCGAGGAACGAAGAUCAACCUGGCCGUGGCUCACAUAGGCCUGCAGGUCUUCCAGGGUAACACCAAAAUAAACACCUUCAAUUGGUCCAAGAUCCGAAAACUGAGCUUCAAGAGGAAACGCUUCCUGAUCAAGCUAUACCCAGAGGUUCAUGGGCCUCAUCAGGAUACCCUGGAGUUUCAGAUGGUCAGUCGGGACCAGUGUAAGAUCUUCUGGAAGAAUUGUGUGGAACAUCACUCGUUCUUCCGCCUCUUGGAUCAGCCGCAGCCCAAGUCCAAAGCCAUUCUCUUUAGUAGGGGAUCGUCGUUCAGAUACAGUGGGAGGACCCAGAAGCAACUAGUGGAAUAUGUAAAGGACAGCGGAGCAAGGAGGACACCAUAUCAGAGGAGGAACAGUAAGGUGAGGAUGUCGGCUCUCCUGGCCCCUGAUGUGCCAAAACAGACUUUCUCGUUCAAUGACAGCCUGCGGGCGCCAGGUUCCCCAUCCUCUGCGACCGGGUCCUUCCACUCCAUACAAGUCUUCAGCUCCCCCACACGGCUGGAGCCCCAGGCCCAGUCUCCACAGCCUCCUCCACAGAGCCAGGCCCAGUCUACACAGAGCCAGGCCCAGUCUACACAGCCUCCUCCCCAGAGACAGGCCCAGUCUACACAGCUUCCUUCCCAGCAGCAACAGACCCAGCUCCUGCCCCCACAGCUGGCCAGGCCCUCCAGCCCCCCAGCGAAGGAGGACCCCCACAAGGCCACCGACAUCCCCCCAUGUCACCACGCCUUCUCACAAGGGUCCUCUAUGGACAGCCCCCAGCUCUCCCCGUUCAACUCCAAGAGCUCUCCCCUCUGCCUGUCCCCCUCCUUCCAGAUGUCUACGCUGAGUCUCCCGGGGGCAGGCCAGACCCCCUCGCCCCUACAUAGCCCCAUCCUGAGUGAGGUGGGCACCAACAGGCUAGAGGAGGAGGAGGAGGAGGAGGGCAGGAGGAAGCGAUAUCCCACCGACAAGGCCUACUUCAUUGCCAAAGAGAUUCUAACCACAGAGAGGACCUACCUGAAAGACCUAGAAGUCAUCACAGUGUGGUUCCGCAGCGCGGUGAUCAAAGAGGACGCCAUGCCAGAGGGGCUGAUGACCCUGCUGUUCUCCAACAUCGACCCCAUUUAUGAGUUCCACCGGGGGUUCCUCAAAGAGAUCGACCAGAGACUAGCUUUAUGGGAGGGGCGCUCUAACGCUCAUGUGAAGGGAGACUACCAGAGGAUUGGAGACGUCAUGCUGAGGAACAUGUGUGCUCUCAAGGAGUUCACCAACUACCUGCAGAAACAUGACGAGGUGCUGACCGAGCUGGAGAAGGCCACCAAGCGCCUGAAGAAGCUGGAGACGGUGUAUAAGGAGUUUGAGCUUCAGAAGGUGUGUUACCUGCCUCUCAACACGUUCCUGCUGAAGCCCAUCCAGCGCCUCAUGCACUACAAACUGAUCCUAGAGAGACUGUGUAAACACUACAGCCCAGACCACCCCGACCACAACAACUGCAGAGAGGCCCUGAAGGAGGUCGCAGAGAUGACCAAUCAGCUCCAGAGUAGUUUGAUCCGUCUGGAGAACUUCCAGAAGCUGUCUGAGCUCCAGAGAGAUCUGAUCGGCAUCGAGAACCUCACUGCGCCCGGCAGGGAGUUCAUUCGAGAGGGUUGUCUGUACAAGUUGACCAAAAAAGGGCUUCAACAAAGGAUGUUUUUCCUGUUCUCUGACCAGCUCCUGUACACGAGUAAAGGUGUGACGGCCACCAACCAGUUCAAGGUCCAUGGCCAGCUGCCUCUGCACGGCAUGAUCGUGGAAGAGAGUGAGAAUGAGUGGUCUGUUCCUCACUGCUUCACCAUCUACUCUGCCCAGAGGACCAUUGUGGUGGCAGCCAGCUCGAAGGUGGAGAUGGGGAAAUGGAUAGAGGAUCUCAACAUGGCAAUAGAGAUGACCAAGAAAUCUCAGGAGAAAUCAGACCUGUUCCUGGACCCAGGGCUCUGUGAUCGCUCCAACAGGUCGUCGGAUGAGGUUUCUCUGGAUCAGGAGUCAGAGGAUGACAUGUCGUCGUCCCGUAACUCUCUGGAUAAGCAGACCCAUCACCGUGCCAACAGCACCAUGCAUGUCUGCUGGCAUCGCAACACCAGCGUGUCCAUGUCAGAUCACAGCCUGGCUGUGGAGGACAAUGAGCCAAAACACACCUCCAGGAUGUGCAAGGGAUAUUUUACCAAGGAGAGAGAUGGAGUGCUGCAUCAGAUGACCUGGCAUCCACAAUCCCCCCCAACCUCAACCAAAUUGAGCUGGUUUUGGGAUGAGUCGGACCACAGAGUGAAGGAAAAGCAGCCAACAAGUGCUCAGCAUAUGUGGGAACUCCUUCAGGAAUGUUGGAUAAGCAUUCCAGUGUUCUGUUCCCCAGCCGUGUCUCCAGAGCUCCCUCCUCGUUACCUGCUGGGUCAGGGCCAGAGACCCAACACCAUCACACACGUCUGCUGGUACCGCAACCAGAACCUCUCACUCACUGAUUAUCUGCGCAUGAACCAGAACCAGCUCUCAGGUUACCUCCUAAGGAAAUUCAAGAACAGCAACGGCUGGCAGAAGCUCUGGGUGGUCUUCACCAACUUCUGUCUGUUCUUUUACAAGACUCACCAGGAUGAUUUCCCGCUGGCCAGCCUCCCGUUGCUAGGUUACACCGUGAGCAGCCCGGGAGAGUCGGACAGCGUCCACAAGGAGUACGUCUUCAAACUGCACUUCAAGUCCCACGUCUAUUUCUUCCGGGCGGAGAGCGAGUAUACAUUCGAGAGAUGGAUGGAGGUGAUUAAGAGUGCGGUCAGUGCUACUGGCAGGAUGAGUCUCCUCAUACCUAAAGGUCCCCUGCAGAUGAAUGGGAACUAACUGCGCUCUUUGAUCUGAUCUACUGCGGCUUAGAAGCUUCUAUCUAAUCUGUGUCCCAAAUGGCACCCAAGGGUCAGUCCUAGAGAGCAAAGGCCUGUGCCCAAUAGACUCUGAGACAAUACUGUAUAAUACCAUCCCUCUCUCUCCCUCUCUACGGUUCUCAUUGGCAUCAUGUUAAAGUGGCACUCAUGUCUUGGAUUUAUUUGGCAGAUAAGGGCUCAGUGAGUGACUGGAAGUUAUAUACAUAUAUAUUUCAUUCUUUCCUUAUGGAAUGGUCAACCAUUGUUAUGUGAGAAUCUGUUGAAACAAUGUAUCAGCAGGGAACAGAGUAACAUUCUAAAUCCAGUAAUUGGAUACGUGGUUCAAGAGAGAAGGAUAUACCAGUGCUAUCACGAUCAACAAGGAUGCUUGAGGACAUCCUGUCAAGGAUGAGUGUACACACUCAGCCAGCUGAGAAAGGGAACUAAAGCGAGACUCAUAACCUUCUCAUGGCAGCCAGUGUAAAACAACUACAUCACAAAACAUAGGAUUGGUUUCCCACACUCGGAUUAAGUCUAGUCCUGGCCUUUAAAAAAAGCAUUUUUUAAAAUGGAAAAUCACCUUUUUGAAAGUUUUUUUACUCCAGAACUAGACUUAAUCUGUGUCCAGAACUAGACUUAAUCUGUGUCCAGAACUAGACUUAAUCUGUGUCCAGAACUAGACUUAAUCUGUGUCCAGAACUAGACUUAAUCUGUGUCCAGAACUAGACUUAAUCUGUGUCCAGAACUAGACUUAAUCUGUGUCCAGAACUAGACUUAAUCUGUGUCCAGAACUAGACUUAAUCUGUGUCCAGAAGUAGACUUAAUCUGUGUCCAGAAGUAGACUUAAUCUGUGUCCAGAACUAGAGUUCAUCUGUGUCCAGAACUAGACUUAAUCUGUGUCCAGAACUAGACUUAAUCUGUGUCCAGAAGUAGACUUAAUCUGUGUCCAGAACUAGAGUUCAUCUGUGUCCAGAACUAGACUUCAUCUGUGUCCAGAACUAGACUUCAUCUGUAUCUGGAAAACUGUUUUAUAGCGAUUUAUCCAUCAGGUUAUGUUCUAGAGAAGUUUAUACAGCGUUAGUCUAAAGACUGUUGUUUCCUUUUAGCCAGUGAAAGCAUUCUGUGGACAGUCGUCGUCGAGUCUGUAUCGUGUCUGUCUACAUGAAGAUACAGGUGUCGAAAGGGAACUGGUAGGUGGAGGAAGGCAGUGAUGAUAUUACGGAGGUGCAGAGCUUGUAGGAUUUAUUUGACUAGGGACUGUGGAAGGGUAACUAGCUGGAGAACAACCUCGCAUACUCUUUCUUUAUACCACGUUUAAAAUAGCUGGGUAGCUCUGGUCCAGGGUGUUGUUUCUUCCACUAAGGAAUUAGUGGAGGAAUGAAUGCCUUGGACCAGAGCUCUGGUACAGCAAGAGAGGUAGGGAGGUACCCAGUGAAUGUCCUUUUUUUUUUUUGUUCAUUGAUAAAAGGCAGAUGGUAUUGUAUGUUGAAAUGAGUUAGGAACACAAGCAGUCAAAUCUCCUUUUUUUUUUUUGGGUAACUUCUGUCAUAGACUUGGGAGGCAUUAUUCCGUUGUUUUCAGAAUUUCGUAGUUCUCAUUUGUUCCGUUGUCACAUGGAGGUAUUAAUGGCCAUGGAGUUAAAUAAAUAAGAAAUGGAGUGUAAAACACACAAUUCUGUAAGGUACGAUUUCCAUUGAAGUGUUUCAAGGGGUCUAUAUUCAUGUUAAUAAAUGUACAAGUACUUUGUUGGUCCCCGAGAGAGAAAAAAAAAACAUUGUUAAUGAAGUUUUCCUGUACUAUCAAUAUGUAGUUCUAUUUUAUUUUUCAUACAUUGACAAUUGUCCAACCUAAUUCUGGCCUAAUUCAUAACCUCAAAUGUUGUUAAAGUCAAAUAUACUUAAAGCAUUUA